AUGUCUUCCUCUGGCAUGAGUCUCGAAGAGCUGCGUGCAGCUGCUCGAGCUGCGGGCUUGAGCGCUGCAGAGGAAAAAUUCGUGUGCUUUGACUGGGCAAACAGCGCAGCCUGGCAGGAAUACUUGGUUAACCUCUACCCUACACCGCCUUUAAACAGGCUGCUCAAGUGGAAGAAGAAGUUCUACAAGGCGCAUCAGGAUCCGUCAUUCGACGUAAAUUGCGUGAAGGUAGAUCAAGUUCUGCGUGGCGAGGUUCCUUCUGCUUCCAACAGGCCUUCUUCCAGCUACUGCCCCUCUGGUUCGCCCACCUUUAUGCGCCCAGUGGGCAAUCCUCCUUCCGCCGCUGCUUUGCGCUUUCUCUCUCCGCUCACGCUGCUCUGCCUGUCUGCGGGCAUGCUGAAGAUUACAGUGGCAGCGGCCACUUCGGGAAAGGAUCCGAUGGCCUCUUUUAUUGUAACGGGAGCCUUCAUGCUGCGUCUCUACUCUUGCUUUGGUCUCCCUCCCGUGAAGCUGUGGCCCUUGUCGCAACUCGGCGACUCCCUCGCGAACGACGGCUUCCCAUAUUUCCAGCAAGUUCUGCAGAACGACGCAAUGCAUGGGACCCUAUUCUUCCUCCUGACGGGUCUCAUGCCCAAUUCGCUGCCUCUCAUGGCUUCUCCCCUCAUAACAGGCAGCCUGGUGCUUGCACAGAUUCUCAGAGAAGGCAAUGGCCUUCCUUCGUUUAUUACCAACCUGCGCUUCAUGAGGAGCUUCACCUCUUUCUUGGACCAGAAGCGCUAUCGAGCUCUUCAGCUAAGGGCGGAUCUUGAGGUGUACUACGGUCUCUUCUUCUUCAUUUGGUCUUUGGUGCGAAUGCAAUUCUCCCUGUCCGACUUCAUUCUUCCGGCCUACCUCUACUGGCAGCUGCAGAAGCUUCGAUAUCAGAUGUGCCCCUAUAGCCAAGCCAGCGUCCGGCGGGUGGACGGUCUUAUUUUGUCCUUCACCAGCCAUCCCGCGUGUCCCGGGGUUGUCCGCAUGAUUUACGACAAGAUCCGCAACUUUUGUAUUCGCCAAGUACAGCCCGCAGAUACUUCCUCUGCCGCACGGUCGUCAUCAUGCACCAUCAUGUGA